AUGGAUUUGGACCUCAACUCACGCGACGCGCUCGACCGGCUCACAAGAGAUCUCGCUCAACGCGAAGGAGAUAUUCCGGAUAAUGAUGAUUACAAGUUGCCAGAGCUAGAACCGUUGAGCCAUGACCAUCCAUUGCUCUCCGCAACGGCCACUCCCCAGUUUGACGUCGAAAAGUUUUUGUUAUCGAGGACACAUACGUCCUUGACGGAUCUACGUGUCGAAUUACGCGAUUAUUUGGCACAGCUCAAGGAGGAACUUGUACAACUCAUCAAUGACGACUAUGAGGCAUUUAUCAGCCUUAGUACGGAUCUAAGAGGCGAAGGAGCACGAUUAGAACGCAUACAUGCCCCCGUGGAGUCUUUACGCGUCGAGAUUCAGGAAUCUAGCAAAGUUCUACAUGGGAUUGAGAGUGCAGUUCAAGCAAAACUCGCGCAGAGAACGAAGCUGAGGGAGGAAAAGAAUCUAUUGCGCAUGCUUUUCAACGUUUCCGACUCAUUGACGCGAUUAGAAUCGCUUCUCUUAAUUCCCUCUCCCGAAGAAGCACAAGCAGAUACACCAACUCAACGGCAGAUGCACCUCGAAGAUGCCGACUCAAAGGAGCAGGUGAAGAGGGUGAAACAUUUGUCGCGCGUCGCAGCCGGAUUUGUACAGCUCCUUUACCAGGCCGACAAGGCUCGCGCGGAGGAGUGUGCGUUCAUCACUGAAAACCAGUGGCGUAUAGAUCGGAUCAAGGAUACACUAUUGCGUGACUUGAACCAAUUCUUCAGCAAUACACUGCAAACGUUCAUCAAUAGCAGUGAUAAGUCACCGCAAGAUCGCUUACUGGCAAAGGCAGAACUAUCGGAAUGUCUCAAGACGUAUGACAUGCUCGAUAUGCAUGAGGACGCGGAGGAAAUUAUCCGAGAACAGAUAGUUCGGCCCUUCACCCGACGAACAAUAUUCACAGGAGCUUUGAAUGUGCCGCAUUCACCUGUCGUACCUCGGACACCAUUUGUUACCUCAAAUAACCACCCAUCAGCUCCUUCAACGCCAUACACUCCAUUUACCGCUUUUCCUCAGAAGCGGGGGACAUCCCAGUCUUCCUUUUUCGUCUCGGAGGGUUCACGACUACCACUCCUCGACGAUUCUAAGGACCAACUUGCGACGUUGUACAACAACAUACUCCAAUUUAUCGAGCGAAGCUGCAGCGAAAUCAUGGAGCUGGCGAGUAAAUUCACGAGGAAACAUGGAUCCAAGACGGUGCCAUCCGGUGCAGUUGGCCCCAUCCCUGGGCAAAGUAUCGCGCCAUCUCAGAGCUUGGCAGAUAUUCAGCUCGAUUCAAAGACAUUUGACAUUCUAGGCAAUGUCGUGUGGGCUGAGAUUGGACGAGCACUCAUGGAGGAGCUUGGUGCCGUCAUCUUUGCUGCUGGAAAGCCACUUGAAUUCAAAAAUCAUUAUGCCACCACCAAGGGCUUCCUUGCUGGGCUGGAAUAUCUAGCACCAGACUCCGAAGCCGUUAUAGCCUUGCGACGACAUCCGGUCUAUGUCACCUUUGAAAAGCGAUGGCAAUUGCCUGUCUAUUUUCAGUUACGAUGGCGCGAGAUUGUAGGCGAUAUGGAGCUCGAUCUCAGUGAGGUCCAAGUUCGUCUCUCUCUUGAAUCUGGAUUAUCAAGACAGGCGUUGUCCGUGUUAUACGCCGUCUCGUGCUGUUGGAGUCCUGACGUUUAUAUCACGGAACUUGGCCACCGCUUUUGGAAGUUGACAAUUCAGAUUAUCGAACGGUACAGACAAUGGAUCCAAGCAAAUAUGCCGAUACUCGAAGCGUCUCAAUCUUUAGUCGCUCUAAAGAAGGAGAAGGCAGAGGGACCCCGCCCAUCCACCUCUUCCCCCCGUGUUUCGACUCCACAGCCUGAGACCUCAAGGAUUUCCUGGGCAACGGAUGAUGAGAAGCUUCGUCAUCUCGCUUCGCUGGUCACAGACAUCAAGAUAUUCUCCCAGAGGGUGAUGCUCAUGUGGUUCGAGGAUAUCAGCAAAUUUGCACCGGCUAUAGACGACCUCCCACUGGAAGAAAUUCUCCGCGAGUCGGUCUCUCGGAUCGAGGCGAUUGUGCCAGAGCUUAAUUUGCACAUCCUAACCAUACUGACUCGCAAAUGUUGUGAUCCAGUCGACUAUGUUAGUCGUAUACCUGGGGAGAUGAGGACUCAGAAUCGUCGGCGGGUUGCGGUGACUUCUCCGAGUCCGUUUGUCUCAGAGAUCUUUAGACCUUUGCGUGACUUCUUUGGUAUUACGGGCGCUGGGAAUACCGUUGUUGGGGGUGGAGCACCUCCUGCUCCUUCAUACAGAGGGGUGGGCCAAACGUUACUCUCGGAUGUUGGCCCAAAAUGGGCCGCAGAGAUACUGGGAGCAGUUUCUUCAGCAUAUCUCUCUCACUUAAGCUCGACUAUGAAAAACGAAGAGCAAUUGAAACGUCUUAGAAAGGGUGCUCGGUCCGGUUUUUCACUCUUUGGAGGUCAGAGCACGACACAAGAUGAAGCCAUCAAAGACGAUGAACGCAUUAGGGAGCAAAUGAUCAUGGACGUUAAUAGGUUAGGGCAAGAGGCAGAGGCGUUUGGAGUCACUUUGUCGGCCAUCCCCACCUAUAGUGCACUAGUCUCUCUUGCCGCACAGAGAGGCGAUCUGAAUGGGGACAUCUUGACCAUCACCAUGACUAUCGUUUCAGCCCCAGGAAAAGUUCUGAUUACCGGAGGUUACCUCGUAUUAGAUCGGAAGUACUCUGGAUUUGUCGUAGCGGCGUCCUCUCGCUUCUACUCUGCCAUCGAGAAAGGGCAAGGGGGCCCAAACAUUAUUCGGGUCAAAUCCCCACAGUUUCUCGAGGCAAAAUGGAUGUAUCAAGCUACAGUGCGUGAUGGAGACAAGUUUGAGGUUUCGCAGCUUCCAGGGCCCACCGCGAGCAAGAACAAGUUUGUCCAUUUGGCUUUAGAUCGCACGAUCCAAGUCGUCAACGAGCUUAAGGGCCCCCAGCACGUCAAGGAUGCCUUGCGCGAUGGCUUAGAUAUCGCCAUCCUGGGAGCAAACGACUUUUACUCUCAACGAGGGCAGUUGGAGAAACUUCAGCUCCCAAGAACCCUCGAGUCACUGAAAAAAAUCCCCCCUUUUGUUCACCUUGGGGUCACAAUCGAGAAUGCACACAAGACGGGAAUGGGAUCUUCAGCCGCAUUGAUCACUUCGCUCGUGGGAUGUCUCCUUAUACACAUGGGAGCGAUAGAUCCCUCCAGCAUUAUGUCUGCUGAUAGCGACGAGCUGCGACUCGUACACAACGUCGCACAAUAUGUGCAUUGCUUCGCUCAGGGAAAGGUGGGCAGUGGGUUUGAUGUCUCAGCGGCCAUAUAUGGAAGCCAUGUCUACACACGUUUCGACCCAAAAGUCAUCCAACCCCUCAUGGACGAUGCAUCUGGAAGCGCUGCCACACUACCCAUCCUGUCUCCCAAGUGGGAUAAUAAUGCCAUUUUGGCCCAAUUACCUCCACUCACGCGCCUAUUGCUUGCGGACGUCGAUGCCGGAAGUGAUUCCCCUUCCAUGGCUAGUAAAGUACUCAAGUGGAGGAAGGAGAACACAGAAGAAGCUCAUGCACUAUGGACCGAGCUGGACAAGCGUAACCUUGAAGUAGCAAGGUCCCUCUCUAGACUCACAGAGAGAUACAAUAGCGACCCGAAAGCAUACCAGCAAUCUGCGAUACAGGCGGCAUCGAGAUCUGCCGUAGAGUGGCAAGCGGCGGAGGGAAGCUCCGGGAAUGAACUUGGAGCAGACUUCGCUGCCGCGAACCAUGCAAUUCAGGCUGUCAGAGAACAGAUGAAGACAAUGGGAAACCUUGCUGGGGUUCCAAUCGAGCCAGACGAACAGACUCGUCUGCUGAAUAAAUGCAUGGAACUACCUGGAGUCAUCGGUGGAGGAGUUCCGGGUGCGGGGGGUUAUGAUGCCAUUUGGCUUCUCGUCCUUGAACCAAACCCUGGUGCAUCAGAUUCUCCUGUGCAUGCAAUCGAAAGACUUUGGUCGGAGUAUAUGGAGAUGACCGUGUCACCACUCCUUGCUGAGGAAAGCCAUGAUCGUGGGGUAAAAGUGGAGAGCAUGGAAAGGGUUGCUGGGCUACGAGAUGCGAUUCGACGGGACUGA